AUGCAACAUUGGCCGACCGAGUCUUCAGAAACCCAGCAUCAACAAGACAACCCCUCAACAUCCUCUUCUCUCCUUCAGCAUGGCCCUUCUCAACGCCACCAGCCGACCGGCGUCGCCCAACUUCGCCGCGACGACUCGGGCAGCGCGUCCCCGCGUUCCGUUCCAGACACCGCCGGCCGCCAUGCAUCGCUCGAUGCCGUCAGCGCCGACCAGCUUGACGAGAGGCUUCGACGGCUGAGCGUCCCCGAUACUGCGUUUUCCGAAGCUCACCAAGGCGUUAUUGCUGGUCAGCGAGUGAUUGAAUACGAAAAUGCCUUGACGCCGUCCACGCCUCGGCACCCACUGGGCUUCAAGGUCAUUAAGCGAUCUGACCCUCGACCUGAUGGCGUACAGCUUACAGACUUUCCCAAUGAAAUUUUGACCCAUAUCCUGUCGCACCUGCAUCCCGACUCUCACUCGGCGAUAUCUCUCGUGUCGAAGCGCUUUUACUCCCUCGUCACGACUCCACAUGCGUGGCGAAUGGCGUUUUUGCGAUUCUUUCCGGGCCAUGACAGUUUGGUCACCAAGGCCGACCAGAGUCGCUCGGGGCCGUUGGACUACGACCCAUCCGACUUCGUCCGGUCUGAGGCGCGCUACUUUUCGCGUUUGACCUCCCUUGCGACUUGGAGGAGCGAAUACCUGCUCCGGACGCGUCUUCUGCGGGGCCUCAUCAGAGGUAAACCAGGAACCAAGUCUGGAGGAAUUGGCGCCUCCGCCCGGGGCGGCAAGAAGACGAGUGCCGUCCUGACGUACAACUCGAAGCUGCCAUGGGCCGUGACCCACCUCCAUGCCGACUUCUCCGCGAAGAAGGCUCCCAGAGUUAUCCACGGUGCCUCGGACCUGGGCGUCGCGACUCUCAGCGAUCCCUUCAUCGGCAAGGUGGAGAAAUGGGGGUUCAGAGACCCCUUUUCCAUCCUCCAGCUCGACGAGGCGUUCCCCAACCUUGAGCCGUACGGUACAGGAGACGGCCCUGCCGCUUGCCCGAACCUCAUGGACGUCAGCCAUCCCUACGGCGUGCUGUCUGGCGAGGGUUUCCCGGGUGGCCGCGCGUACUACCGCCCGAUCAACGAGUUGCAUGGUCGAUACCUUGGCAGCGACACUGGUGUGGUCGACACCUAUCCCGACAUUCCCAGGAUCCCAGAGCUGUCGGAAGCGAUUUCGAGUAUUUGGCUCGCCAAAUCCGCCGCUGUUCCCAACAUGACGCACUCGACCGUCGGCAUCUUGACAGGCUCCACGCUCGGCAUUGUCACAUCAUAUGCUCUCCAUGGAACCGGGAGUGGUCCUCGGCAUCCGAACGGCGAGAUGACGGCGCGGUGGGUUCUCAGCCCCGGCGUGCCCAUCGUCUCAAUCAAGGUCGAUGAUCAGUACACGCAAAAGCGAAAGACUGCUCAGCGCAUUUGGGCCGUCGCCCUGAACGCUCUGGGCGAGAUAUACUACCUCGUCGACACGCCCAAGACCACCUUGAAUCGGUCAAAGGGCGAGGACGUAACCAAGAACGCGUGGUACGCAGCCCGCUCGGUUUACUGGAGGCUCGUAGAUGAAACGCGACGUCGGGCCAGGCCUGAUGAGUUUGACAAACACGCUCUCCGAGGCGCCUACUCUCCUAGAUCGCCAGCCGACGCCAUGAAGCUGAGCAAGGAGCAGCUCGUCGCAGAAGCACGCGAGAUUGAAAAAUUCUUGCGCUACAAGCCAUCCCAUUUCCGCAAGGUUUGCGAUGGCUGGGACAUGAGAAGAAGACUCGAGGUCGAUUUCGCAAACGACGAUGCCAGCAGUGCCGGAGAGGUCAUUGUUUCCAUCCAGUGUGGCCUUGACGAGACAACCCCGCCAAGCGUUACCCGCUACAUCAGGACUCUGUCUCGAACGCCUCGACCGACGCCAGAGGACUUGGAUGGUCCGGCCGAUCUCGCACAAGACACUCCCGAAGCGCCCAAGUCGAUAUUCGGGGCCGGCAAAGACUACCAGCCUGAAGCUAGGUUCACGACCGCUCCUGCUCCAGCGAUUGGCGAUGCAACGCCCAUUUCAUCAGGUUCGCUGACUCCGCAGGCGACGCUCAUCUCUUCGGACGAGUGGGCUGUUGCGGUAAUGGCACUUGGCAGCCAUGGCCAGUCGGAAAUCACUGCGUCUGCCCUUGACCUGUCAUCCCAUGCCCUCCUGACACUGUCCGAGGACCCUCUUCACUCUGGUCACAAAUCUACUGUUUCUCCUACCAUGAGUCCCCUGACUGCAGACUCUGUGGCCGAGAUCCCUGGUCGAAGAACGCGGAUGCUGGCCAUAGGUACCAAAGACGGAUCUGUCGUCGUCUGGAACUGUCGCGACCAGCGCAACUUGACAGAAGUGGCGCCCCUUCGUGUGAUUCAGACAGAGUCGCCAGAGAUCAGUUGCCUGGCCCUGACGGCGCUGUACCUGGUUCAUGGUGGAAGUGAUGGUCUGGUACAAGCAUGGGAUCCCUUGGCUUCCUCCCUCGAACCUCUCCGCACUCUGAACGGCCGGUCGAACGGGCGAGUUCCACGUCACAUGAUGACGAUGAACCCUUCCCUUCAGAGCGAUACCUACUCGGCUGCGCGGGCGAUCUAUCUCGACCCGGACCCUACUGUGCUGCGCGGCAUCACCUCCUUUGGCGCUUUCCUCCGUUACUGGGCCUACAGCGCAACCAGCCAGCGGCCAGGCCGCAAACGUCGCCUCCGACAUGCCGAUGUCCAUGGUCGACUCGCCACCCGUCGGCAGGGAGGAAACGUGUCGGGAUACAUAGCUGCCGAAACUGCAGAGCUGCGCCGCGAAGAAGAGCAAAAGGCUCGGGAAGACGCAUGGCUGCGCAACAGGUUCGGCGUCGGCGCCUUUGGCGAUUUGACCGAAGAGGAGGCUCUCCAGUACGCAGAGAUGAUUUCGCAGGAGACGCUUCUGCUCGAGGAGCAACGCCGUACUAGCGCCAGCGACACGGGUUCAGCCGCAGAGGCUGGCUUCGACACCGCUUCUUGCUUCAGCGAGAGCACAAUGGACACAGUCACCCCUGAGCCCAGCGUGACCGGCUUCACGCCGCCCCCUCCCGUUGCCGAGGAAGAGGACGAGUACGAACAGCAACUCCAGCAAGCGCUUCGCCUCUCCUUGAUGGAGGCCACAGAUGAUGUGGGGCAGCCGCAACGCAAGAACAGUUCUGGCGACUUUGACUUUGCCAUCAAGUACAAGCCGAAGCCUUCGAAGAAAACCAAAAGGUCACCCUCUACCUCGCCGUCUGCAAGCUACAUGCCAGUUGUCGCUCCCAAUGCCGGGUCCUCCAGUAGAGCCACACCUAGAGAUGACGACCUCGAACUCGCCCUCAGGCUUAGCAGCCUCGGCCCUGUCAGCCACGGCACACACAGGGAUGAUGAUCUGGAGUUGGCGUUGAAGCUCAGUCUCCAGGAGGCUACUGCCGACGACCACACGGGCCUCGGCAUACCUCAUGAAGAGUUUCCCAUGCUGGAGACCAAGGGUAAGGGCAAGGGCAGGAUGUGA